GUCUGAAUUACAUGUCUAGCUAGACCAACACAUAUAAGUGGCAUGGAUGCCAGCACAUGACAUGACAUUCAAAGAAGUCAGCAUGCCAGAACACAUUAUUCAACUCAGAUGACACAGAAGCCAGUCUCUCAAUGGAGAAUUCAACAUCAUCAUCAACCAGCCAGCAUCUUCAUUUAUCUGUUCACGUUUCAUCAAACCUGUUUAAGAGUUGAGGUUUAGUGUAUUGGUUAUAAUAAUUUUGGAAAGACUUCGAAAUGUCAACGGUUCCCUUAAUAUUAGAAGAUGUAGAAAUGGGUGGGAAAGAAGAUGAUGGAAUUGAGGAUGAUUUUGCUUAUAGAAAUAAUGUGAUGCAUGCAAGUGUUAAAAUUAGAUUGGGUUUCAUAAGGAAAGUUUACUCUUUGGUUUUUAUGCAGCUACUCGUAACUACUAUCAUUGGUUUCACCUUGAUGUUUUGGCAGAAUGGUCGCUCAUUCGUACAUGAAAACGAUUGGUUACUUAUGGUAGCUUUUUUUGGAAGCAUGGUUACAUUGAUUGCAUUACACAUAAAACGUAAAGACACACCAACAAAUUAUAUACUUUUGUCAAUAUUUACUGUAGUUCAAGCCUACAGUGUUGGUGUCGUAGUGACAUUUUUUGAAGGUAUUGUAGUUCUACAAGCAUUACUUCUGACAGUUACAGUUCUUGGUGGAUUGACUUUGUACACAUUCCAGACAAAAAGGGACUUCUCUUCUCUUGGCGUAUUUCUUUUUGCGGGACUGUGCGUUUUAUUAGUAGCAGGAAUUAUUCGUAUAUUUUUUAUUAACACUGUUUUUGAGAUUAUCAUCUCUGUGUUUGGUGCUCUUCUAUUUUCACUCUUCAUCGUCUAUGACACACAGAAUAUCAUGCAAAGAGUUUCUCCUGAAGAGUAUAUUAUUGCUACAAUUGAGUUGUAUCUGGACAUUUUAAAUUUGUUUUUAUAUAUCUUAAGAGCUCUUGAUGCUACCAGAAGGGGCUAAGAUUAUGACGACAACAUUUCUGUUGUAUUUUCCUUCUAUUGUGAUUAAAUUAUUACAGUAUCCAGUCCUUUUAAUAAUUUUUAUGCUAGGAUCGAUUCUUGCACUAGGUAUUCACUAUGGUUGACGAUUCCUAAUUCGAUACUUAAUAAUAAUAAAAUAUAGUAAUUCAUUACUAUAUUAUUGAAUGUAUUAUUACUUUAUGCACUAUAAUACUGUUAAUUUGUACAUAUUAAGUAUGUAAAUGUUUUUUUAAGUUUAUUAUAUUUUAUCGGAUUAAAGCAUAUUUGCUUUUAUGUUUCACUGAUUUGUA